UGACAGCGAGGCGAGGGCUCUGAAAACACGGGAUCCGUCGUUUCUCGUCUCAGGUUUCCCACUGUGUGUACUUUGCGUGCCCCGCGUGCUCCAAUCGCUCCACACUCGACCGAGGAUGCGGCGCCUCGACGUAGCAGCGGUUUUCCUCUGCCUCGUGGCAGCGGCUUUCGGGCAAGACGGCGACCUGUACUUCUCCGUGAGCCCCGGCGAACACUCUGUGGUCGAGGGAUCCCCCGUUCGUCUGAGAUGCGAGGCCCAGCCGACAGCCAGCGUCAAGUAUUCCUGGAAAAUCGACGGUCAGCCCCUGGCACCGAGCCCUAGGAGGCACCUGUACAACGGCGACCUUCGAAUCACCAGGGUGAAUCGUAUCCUGGAUAGUGGGAACUUCGUCUGCGUGGCCACUCACGACGAGACUGGAUACUCCAUCGAGAGUUCGCCAGUCAAAAUCGACAUACAAUGGAUCAGCGAGUCGAGCGUGCAGCUGGAACAGUCGAAGCUGCUCAGCGCGAUACGCGUGGGAGACGAGGUUAAACUUCGAUGUCACGUCGAUGGCUCCGGAGACAUGAAAUACGAGUGGUUCAAAAACCGCAAGCCAGUGGCGAGGACGGAGAGACUCGAGAUCAAGAAGAAGAACCUGCACGUCCACAGAGCCGUUCUCGAGGACAGCGGGAUGUACAGCUGUUUGGCGAAGAACAAGGCCGGAUCGUCGCCGAAAAUGGAAAGCUACCCUCUAAUCGUGUCGGAGAACGACACGGCGACGAGGAGCAUCGUACCGAGGAAUCUGAUCGUGAAGCGCGGCGAACCGGCGGUCCUCGAUUGCGUUUUCGAGGACGCAGUCUCUGUCCAGUGGUACUUCAAGGACCUGGGCCCCCUGGAAACGGACGACGAGAGCACCGUACACGAGAAUGGCACUCUGGUCAUACGCUCCGUCGACCACAACGACCAAGGAUUCUACUCCUGUCGCGCUGAGAGAGGGGACACCUUCGUUGCUUACACCGUCGAGCUUCAAAUUGCAUACUUAAUGAACCUCUCUGCGGCGUCGUUCGAGCCCCUAUUGCCGAACCAAGUGGCGGUGGUCGGGGAAGACCAGGAGCUCCAGGUCAGCUGCUUGGAACCCUCCGGGCUGCCAGCACCCAAGGUUUACUGGAAAGAUCCCAAGGGACACAUUAUAAGUGAUUCCGGGCCGGUGCGCGUGCAGGAUAAUACCCUUAUCGUCGCCAAGGCUCGCAUGGGCGAGGACGAUGGCAAUUAUACCUGUGUAGCUGAGAAUAUGGCUGGAGAGACCGAUAUAUCCGCCCAAGUGCUUAUUUCCACUCCGCCAACACUGAUAAGCUCGCCGGAGAGCCAGAGCGUGAUGAAAGGCGACUCCGUGACGAUGACAUGCUCGUACUCCGGCAUGGAUCCACCGGUGACCCAGGUACGUUGGCUGAAGGACGGGGAGCCUCUGAAAGAGACCGGUGGACCCAGCAGACACAAUGUAUCCGAUCACCACGGCAACGUGACCCUGUACUUGAGGAGCUCCGACCUGUCGGACAAGGGCGCCUACGUGUGCGAGGUAUUUACCAAGGGCUUCCCCUCUGUGCUCUCGGAGCCGGCCAACCUGGCCGUCGAGGAGAAGCUCAAGUUCUCCCCGGAGCCGGUGGACAAGCGGCUGGAGCUUGGCUCGACGUCCAAAGUGCCCUGCAAGUCUCAGGGCGCCACCAAUCCCAUGGUGAAGUGGAUCAAGGAGGGCGUCGGGGAGGAAUUCCCAAAGCACGUGCAAGAUAUCAAUGGGACCCUUCACUUCAAUGGAGUGCUCGAGGGGGACAAGGGUCGCUACACCUGUAUAGCCAGCAACACCCAGGGAUCGAUCAACCACACCAUCAACAUCGACGUAAUCAUUGCACCAAAGUUCACCGUCCAGCCUCAGAAUCCCACGGAGGCCAUAGAGGGCUACCCAGUGAUGCUGCACUGUGCCGCUGAAGGCGACCCCAAGCCGACCAUCCAGUGGGACAAGGACCUCCGCAUGAGCAACCUGAACAAUUCCAGGUUCGAGGUGCUGAGCAACGGGAGCCUGUACAUAACUGAAGUGUACUUGAGCGACGAGGGCAAGUACGGUUGCAUGGCGGGCAACAGUGGAGGUCUCAAACGCGAAGAGGUCCAACUCAACGUCAAACCUGGAGACACCUACAGGUUCGACAUGGACCUCGAGGAAGGGGACGAUGGAUCCAUGAUGACCAAGACUGUCAUGAUCACUCUCAGCGCUGCAGCAGCCUACAUGGUCCUAGUUGUCGGUCUCAUGCUCUACUGUCGCUACAGGCGUCGUCGCAGGAAGCAGCAAUACCUUCAAGAACAGGCAGAUGAGAAACUGGAGAACGGUGAGGUCCAGGAGGAACAAACAGAGUUAAAGGAGACCACAGCAAACAGCAAGAUGAACUCCACAGGCAAGAAGAAGGAGAACCGUGACUCCCACAACAAGAGCGACGGAGCAGACACUAGUCUCAGCAGCAACCAGUCUAUAAAGUCCAAGUCUUACUACGACAAGCUAGUGGUAUCUCGCGGGAACCUGAAAGAUCUGAAGCCUCUGGGUCGAGGAGAGUUUGGUGAGAUCUAUGCGGCUAAAUAUCAAGCGGAUGGUGACAAGGAGUCCCUGGUGAUGGUGAAGAGCCUGCUGAACACCGGCGAGGCGGCCCUGCAGGAGUUCAGGCGCCACCUGGACCUGCUGCGCAAGCUGAACCACGAGAACGUCGUGAAGCUGAUCGGUCUGAGCCGCGAGGAAGAGAUGGACCACAUGAUUCUCGAGUACACCGACUGGGGCGACCUGAAGCAGUUCCUGAUCGCCUCGCGGAAGGACAACAAUCCCAGCCCCACCCACGAAUCGAAGCCAGCGCGAGCCCCUCAGCUCUCCGUCGCUCAGAUCCUUUCAUUGUCCAACCAAGCGGCGAAGGGACUCAAGCACAUCGCCGACAACCGCCUGGUGCACGAGGACAUAGCCGCCAGGAACUGCCUGAUCGCCAGCAACCUGACGAUCAAGAUCUCUAUGCCGUGCAUGACCAAAGAGCCCUACCAGCAGGAGUACACCAAACACCGGAACCAGGUGAUCCCCCUGAGAUGGCUGCCCUACGAAGUGGUAUACGAGGACGAGUACUCGACCAAGAGCGACGUCUACUCGUUCGCCUGCCUCGUCUGGGAGAUGUUCCACCAGGGGGAGCUACCGUUCAACAAGAUGAACGACGAGUCGGUGCUGGUGGCGCUCAAGUCGCGCACGCUCGCGUGGAAACCGCACAAAGCCGCGCCUCCCGCGUUGCAGGAGCUGCAGAAUCAAUGCUGGGCCAACGAUCCGAGGGAGAGACCGACCUUCGACGAGAUCGUCGCGAAAAUAGGUGAAAUUGUCGUCGACAGUUGCCUCUAGGCUGCUAGACGACGCCACGAGGCUCUAAAUCGGGGGAUACCG